UUUCCAGGCAACCCUGGCCCGGCCCCGCGAUGGCGCCUGAGGACCACGAGGGGGCCACGUCUCUGCUGCAGAGUUUCGAGCGCCGCUUCCUGGCGGCUCGCGCGCUGCCCUCCUUUCCCUGGCAGAGCCUAGAAGAAAAACUAAAGGACCCCUCGGGUUCUGAGCUGUUGCUGGCUAUUCUGCAGAGGACUGUGAAGCAUCCUGUGUGUGUGCAGCAUGGACCCUCUGUGAAGUAUGCCCGCUGCUUUCUCUCAAAGCUCAUCAGAAAGCAUGAGGCUGUACCCACGGAGCCUUUGGAUGCACUGUACGAGGCGUUGGCAGAGGUUCUGAUGACCCAAGAGUCCACCCAGUGCCACCGGAGCUAUUUGCUGCCUUCAGGAGACUCAGUCACACUCUCUGAGAGCACUGCCAUCGUGUCCCAUGGCACCACAGGCUUGGUUACAUGGGACGCUGCUCUCUACCUGGCAGAAUGGGCCAUUGAGAACCCAGCAGCCUUCACUGACAGGACUAUUCUGGAGCUAGGCAGUGGAGCUGGCCUUACAGGCCUGGCAAUUUGCAAGGCAUGCUGCCCCAGAGCAUACAUCUUCAGCGACUGUCAUGCCCAAGUGCUUGAGCAGCUCCGUGGAAACGUUCUCCUCAACGGCUUCUCCUUAGAGCCGCACACUCCCAUUGACGCAGGCAGCUCGAAGGUGACAGUGGCCCAGCUGGACUGGGACGAGGUGACAGCCUCUCAGCUCUCUGCCUUCCAGGCAGAUGUUGUCAUUGCAGCAGAUGUGCUGUACUGCUGGGAGAUGACACUGUCACUGGUCAGGGUCCUGAAGAUGCUCGAGGACUGCCAGAGGAAGAGCGCUCCUGACGUCUAUGUGGCCUAUACUAUCCGCAGCCAGGACACAGGCAAGCUGUUCAUCGAAGAGCUGGACCGUGCUGGAAUCUACUGGGAAGAGGUGCCCCCUCACACUGGCAAACUGUUCCCUUACGAAGAGCAUUCGGCCAUCGUAAUCCUGAAGCUGGUGCUGACCAGUCGCCAUGGCGUUUGAAGUGAUUUGAAAAAUGAGAUGACUAGCUGGGUGUGGUGGCACACGCCUUUAGUCCCAGCACUCGGCAGGCAGAUUUCUGAGUUCGAGGCCAGCCUGGUCUACAAAGUGAGUUCCAGGACAGCCAGAGCUAUACAGAGAAACCCUGUCUCAAAAAAAAACAAAAAAAAAAAAAAAGAAAAAAAAAAUGACUGUCAUGGGAAAGCUGAAAGGCUUCUGUUGAGCAGGAAUGUUAAAUAACAGCACAAGUGUACAGUAAGCACAGGCUGAGUGCUGGUGCCUGGCCUCAGCAGCUCGUCUGCAGUGGACACUGGCUCAGAGCAAACGCUUCCAUUGUACAAAUAAAUAUAUACAUUUAUUAAGUACGACUGUCCUGUCAGACAGCUCAGCCUUGCUCAGCCAAUCCCAAUGAACACAGGCUAUCCCAGAGCUCACAGCAGAACCAGAACGCAAGGGUUGUGACGAGUCCAGAAACAAACCCAGGGACUGAGAAGUUGGCAGGGACACUGGAAGUAACAGAAGUGCUCAGAACAGAAGAGAGCUGCCAGAUCACUCUCUUCCUAGCUGUGGCCCACUUGUCCUCAGGCUUAUGACCACUAGGGGGCACUCAAAAGCCCCGGCAGGAAGGGUGGCCACAGGGUGGAUGGGGCCUGGAGGUUAUCUGUGAGCAAGCAGAGGGAGCACAGUCUGCUGCCAGCUCUCAUCCCAGCGUUGCUGCCCCGACUCCUGCAGUUUCUUCCGGAACUGGCUUAGCUUUCCAGCAGGGUCAGGGAACUUUGAGAAAAGCAUCUAGGGAAAUAGGAAAACUGGAACUCAGCUCCCUGCACCAGGCCCCGGCCUCCUUGCUCGUGUCCAGUAGUGCCCCUCCACUCACCCACAGCCCUGCCCUAGAGAAUGGCCAGCCUCCACCUGCUAUUCUCUCAGCUUCCCCUCCCAUCCUCAACACACCCCUGCAGAUGCAGUUAAGAUGGAAGCCUUUAGUGUGUCUAUCAGGGACCAGAAAACUGAAGCCUUCGGGUUGGGUCCUGCCCACCUGCCUUUGUAAAUAAAGUUUUAUUGGAACUCAGA